AUGGUAAAUGGGAAUCGAGCGGAAAUAAUUAAAAAAUUAAAAUUACUGACAUUUUUAUCAGCUGAAGAAAUAGACCUCAUAUGCGAAAUAGUGGUCACACUAAAAGAGCCAAAUGUGCAACUAAUUGAGCGUAUAGUCCAUCGCUUAGGUGCAGCAACGUGUCAAAACAUAUUGACAGAAACGAUUAAUACGCUGGCGGAUGGCGGUUUGAGAAAGCCUGAUGGGUUUAAACGCACAUCUGGCGGAGUUUUUAUAGCAUUGGUAAAGAAACGGAUUGACAACGAUACCGUGGAUUUCAUUUGGAGGGAGCAGAAGGAUAGGCAGAAGGAAUACAAAAGGAUCAAGCGACGCUCCAUAGCUAAAAAAGCUGCAAAUAAAUAA